UUCUGCUUCCUGCACACAGUGCAUCCCAUAGCAGCACAGACUCGGGCCUCAGAGCUGAUCAUGCCGUCCUGCAAACGUCGUGCUUGGCUGAUUGCUGGAGCCUGUGGGCUUCUGGUAAUUGCUGUAACCUGUGCUCUUGUGUUUCUUCUCCGUGCAGAUGGUGAAGACUCAGCCCACCCCAUCAGGACUACCCACACAGGACAGGUGCAGGGGAGUCUUACCUACUUGAAAGACACCAAAGAGGGUGUCUACAUCUUCCUGGGAAUUCCCUUUGCCAAGCCACCUCUAGGAGAACUGAGAUUUGCACCUCCUGAGCCUCCUGAACCAUGGAGUGGUGUGAGGGAUGGGACUACCUACCCAUCCAGAUGUCUACAAAAUUCUGAAACAGUGGUUGCAGAAAAUCUGGCAAUGAUAAAACAGAGUGUGCCUUCCAUCUCAACAUCUGAGGACUGCCUGUAUCUCAACAUCUACACACCAGCUCAUGCCCGUGAGGGCUCUAACCUGACCGUAAUGGUGUGGAUCCAUGGUGGUGCACUGGUUGGGGGUAUGGCUUCUGCGUACGAUGGAUCCAUGCUGGCAGCCAGGGAGGAUGUGGUGGUGGUCACUAUCCAGUACCGCCUGGGUGUCCUGGGCUUCUUCAGCACUGGAGAUGAGCAUGCCAGAGGGAACUGGGGCUAUCUGGACCAAGUGGCUGCCCUGAGCUGGGUCCAGCAGAACAUUGCCUACUUUGGAGGAAACCCUGACCUUGUCACCAUCUUUGGAGAGUCUGCUGGUGGCACAAGUGUGUCUUCACAGGUUGUGUCCCCCAUGUCAAAGGGACUCUUCCACAGAGCCAUCAUGGAGAGUGGAGUGGCCCUGCUACCUGACCUGAUAUCUAACACCUCUGAGGUGGUCUACACAAAAGUGGCCAGCUUAUCUGGGUGUGAGACUACGGACUCAGAGACCCUGGUGCGCUGUCUGAGAAACAAGAGUGCAGAGGAGAUUCUGGCUAUUAACAAGGUCUUCACUCACAUCCCUGCUGUGGUAGAUGGGGUAUUCCUACCCAGGCAUCCCCAAGAGCUGUUGACUUCUGUGGAUUUUCGUCCUGUCCCCAGCAUCAUUGGUGUCAACAAUGACGAGUUUGGCUGGGGUCUCCCUAUGAUGUUGGGCGUUGAUCAAAUGAUAAAGGGCAUAACCAGAGAGACCCUGCCGGCUAUUCUGAAGAACACAACAGCACAGAUGACGAUACCUCCCGAGUGUAGUGACCUGCUAAUGGAAGAGUAUAUGAACGACACUGAAGAUGCCCAGACCCUUCAAAUACAGUACAAGGAAAUGAUGGCAGACUUCAUGUUUGUAAUCCCUGCACUCCAAGUAGCAAAGUCUCAGCGCUCCCUUGCUUCUGUCUACUUUUAUGAAUUCUGUCAUGUGCCCAGCUACGUCAAAGAUACAAGGCCACCAUAUGUGAAAGUUGACCAUGCCGAUGAGAUUGCCUUUGUUUUUGGGUCCUCCCCCUUGGACAUGAAACCUACAGCUGUCUUCACUGAGGAGGAGGAGCUGCUGAGCAGGACAAUGAUGAAGUACUGGACCAACUUUGCACGACAUGGCCCCAGACAGUCUUCAGAUGAAACAGAAGCUUUGGAUAUUUAUUAUAUGGGACAUAGGACUGUCAAAAUCCUAUGUUCUCUCAGCAAGUCUCACGUCUUCUUAUUUGAGUUCUGCAGACAGUAUGGAGCCCACCCUUGCUUGAGUCUAUCACCUCUGUGAAAAUGUUUGUCCAUUGGAUGUGUCCUGGAAAUGGGGCGGCGUCAGAAGAGACCCUUGGCCCUGGUAUCCUGAGCAAGCUUCUCCUUGUAUGGAGUUGUCUCCCUGCCCUCAUGGAUCCUCCAGAAGCCUCUUGACUCCCUGGUCAUCCCCUAAUCUUCAUGAUAGUCUAUGUGACUGAUUUCCAUAAAUGUUUAAACCCCAGCAGUACAAAGUCUCUUGCACUUUGUAAUUUACAAAGGUGGCAAAUUCUGCUCUGUCUGUACUUUUGCUCCCCCAAAGCACUUUCUCUGUCAUUAAGGAGUGGUGAGUGCCUUGUGUCCUUCAGGCCCUAGGACCUCCCCAUUCCUCUACAUCUCAUUAUCUUGCCCUACUUGGGCCAUUUCUCCAGAGCAAAGUCCUCCUUUCCCAACCACUACACUGAAUGAAUACAAAUCAUAAUGCACCAUGACAUUUGAGUUGACAACUGAUUUAAUGUUGCCCACUCAGGAAAUAAAUGAAACUGAUGUUGAGCCUUGAUUAAGAAACUGAGCAGAGGGAUGCUCUUGCUGGGGCCUUAAUGCAUUGCUGCAAUCCUGGUGAGACCAGUAGUUGGCUGCACCUCACCAGGAAGUCAGGUUCGGGCUUCAACCCUGAAAGCUUUCAUUGCUGUAAGCUUGGUAUCUGCUGACAACCACUGGCCCAAAUCAGCUGAAGACGUUCCUGAUUCCUAAAGGAAAAUCAGAGGCAGACAACCAACAGUGUGCUGACUGGCAGCCCAUGCUGCUGCACCCACAUUCCCCUCCUCUUUGCAAAGCCCUUUUAUCCCCUAAGCAAAAGCAGGACAAUGUAAACCAAUCUUUGGGUCCCCCUGUCGGGUGGGAUCCUGGUGACCGUUGAUCUUGUUCAGAGUCAUUGUGCCUUUGCAAUCCCCUCAUUCUCAGGCGCUCCCCUUUCCCUGAAGAAAAAUUCUGUGACCUUUACCCGCACUUGGUGUCUGUGGUCUCCAUUUGGCACAUUUGUGAGACGUGAACCAGCACUGACUUCUGGUAUCGGGAGCUCGUGUGACUGAUUGUUCAGCACCUUUCCCCCAAUACCAAGCCUUCAAGUGUUUUGAGGAGACUCGGUUGCAGGGAAGGUCAGCACUGAGUCUCACUACUGUAAACCCUCUCUCAUGUGGCUCUCAUUUCUCUGAAUACACAGGACAGUUCGCCAACAGCAAUCCCGGGGUACUCUUUAGACUUUCAGUAGUUACUAUGGGCUAGUGACCCAUAAGCUCAUGUUUUGAGUGCUUGCCCAUAGCUAGAGGA